CACGUAUGAAACUAAAAGUAGCAUGAUACUCAUUGAUACUUGAGUUGAUAGCCUACUUGACAGUGACAGAGUUUGAUUUAGGUCUACAGUUUUCAAAUCUAAUAUCAAAAGGCUCGCUUUGUUUUGAUCAGCACUGAAAAGGUAUUAAAUUAUGGCGGCUUCAGUCACAGAGAUUUCUGAGGGGUUGGCUAAAGUAGUCCUUCCCCAAUCAGUUUUUUAUAAUCCUGUCCAGGAGUAUAACAGAGAUUUGACCAUAGCUAUAAUAUCAGAGUAUGCAGAGCAGCACUUUAAAAAGCUCAGGACUAAAUGUAAGAAGAAAAAACUUUCCACUGACCAGGAACCAUCAAAUCUGGAGGAAGAUGGGUUGGACCAGACUCAGACAGAUCUUGUGUUGGAAGCUGGGAAACAAUAUGAGGAUGGGAUAACCAUCUUUGAAGGGCUGGCUGCAUCUGGCUUGAGGUCUGUGAGGUUUGGACUUGAGAUUCCUGGUGUGAAAGAAGUUUUAGCUAAUGAUUUUGACCAGAAUGCUGUUUCAUUUAUUGAAAAGAACAUAGAGAAAAAUGGGCUUGAGAACAUUGUAAAGGCAAAUUUAGGUGAUGCUGCUAUGGUUAUGUACGAGCAUAGGCAGAUAGAAAAGCAAUUUGAUGUGAUAGAUUUAGACCCAUAUGGAAGCCCAACCAUGUUUCUUGAUGCUGCUGUUCAGUCUGUGACUGAUGGAGGGCUGCUGUGUGUCACCUGUACAGAUGCUGCCGUCCUAUGUGGAAACGCAUUAGAAAAGUGUAGUGCCAAUUACGGGUCCAUUUCCCUCCGCUCAAAAUUCUGCCAUGAAAUGGCUAUUAGGAUAAUUCUUAACUGCUUGGACUCCCAUGCUAAUCGCUAUGGAAGAUACAUUGAACCAUUGAUAUCUCUUAGCAUAGAUUUUUAUUUUCGGGUUUUUGUAAGAGUUCAUACUGGACAGAAGCAGGUCAAACACUCUGCAACUAAGAAGGCAAUGGUGUUUGAAUGUGUGGGCUGUGGCAGCUAUACUUUACAGCCUAUGGCUGUGGCGCUCCCUGCUAAGGGGGAAGGAAACUUUAAGUUUAUCCCAGGUUCUGGCCCUACUGUACCCCAAAGCUGCCCACAUUGUGGACAUCAGCACAGAGUCGGGGGCCCUAUCUGGUCCGCACCUUUGCAUGAUACAGAAUUUGUGAAGAAAAUUAUUGAACGUGCGCAGAAGGGAAGUCUUCAGUUGAAAACAGCAGACCGUAUAGCAGGAAUGUUGAGUGUGGCUCUUGAAGAAUUACCAGAUGUCCCACUGUUCUAUGUGCUAGAUACAGUUUGUGGCAUAUUGCAUUGCACACCUCCCAACAUGAUUAAAUUUAGGUCAGCUUUGUUAAAUGCUGGGUACAGAGUAUCCCUGUCACAUGCUGCUAAAAACUCUUAUAAAACAGAUGCUCCUGCCAAGUUUGUUUGGGAUGUUAUGAGGACCUGGGUAAAGGACAAUCCAGUCAGUGAAAAAAGAAGAACACCUGGCUCUGUGGCUAAAGCUAUUCUUGACCAGCCGCCAGAGUAUGUUAUAUCUUUCACAGAACAUCCUGAUGCUAACCCUCAGUCUCGAGAGAAAGGACUGCUGAGGUGGCAAACUAACCCUGAACCUUGCUGGGGGCCAAAAGCUAAGGCAAAGAGAGCUUUAAAUGUUGAUUUAGCAGAAAAGCGUGCAGCAAAUCAGGGCAAGUCUAAAAAGAUGAAAUCGUAGUCUGGUUUACCAGUGUAUUUUUAAUAAAAUGAUUAUAGUUGAUGAUAAACUAGUGAAUUUGU